CAGUACUGGAUUAGUAACUGGUGAAUUAUUAACAUGAGUUUCCAAGACAAAGUGGUUAUUGUGACCGGCAGCAGCUCUGGUAUUGGAGCAGCCAUUGCUGUCCAAUUCGCAGAAGAAGGCGCUAAGGUCGCUAUAGUGGGAAGAAAACAGGAAAAACUGAACAAUGUCGCUAAGAAAUGUGGUAAACCAUUAGUGCUCGUUGCUGACGUUUCUAAAGAUGAAGACGCUAAAAGAAUUGUGGACGAGACUUUGAGAGCAUUUGGCAAAAUCGAUAUUCUAGUAAACAAUGCUGGCAUCGCAGAUCCGGCCAGUAUUCAAUCUGAACACGCAAUGGCAGUAUUUGACAAGGUAAUGACUACAAACCUCCGCUCAGCGGUUUACUUAACUCAUCUUGCUGCUCCUCAUCUUGUGAAGACAAAAGGGAAUAUCGUGAACAUAUCAAGCGUUGCUGCCUACCGAACAGUUUCGAAGGACAUGUUUGCAUACUGUGCAUCGAAGGCGGGUCUGGAUCACUUUACUAGAGCUGUGGCACUUGAGUUAGCAUCAAGCGGCGUUCGCGUAAAUACCAUCAAUCCAGGACCUGUUCUGACUGAUGUAUUCGAAAACAUGGGAGCAACAAGGGAACAGCAAGCAGCUUUUUUCAAAGGAGUGGGGCAAACGAUGCCUCUCAAAAGAGUCUCGAUUCCAGAAGAAAUUGGUGAUCUAGUGCUAUUUUUGGCGAGUGAGAAGGCUAGAGCGAUUACUGGUUCUAAUUUUGUGAGUGACAAUGGUGCCAUGCUAGGAUCUGCGGGGGUAGAAACCUUAGAGCUUAACAAGACUAACUAAUUUUUCACAGAAUAACUAUGACUUUAGAACGACUUCACGAAAUCGGGCUUUGUUUUUAUGAUAAAUAAAUUAUAUUUCCGUUGAUCGAG